AGAGAGCUAGAAAAGCCGGAGGCUGAGGACUGAAAAGGAGAGGAUGAGUAAGCUUUAAUGACAUCAGGAAACCAAAGAUGGCAAGCUGCCAGACUGGCCUGCCAGUAAUGGCCAGAACGGUGCUGUGACUCUGAGCCUAUAGCACAUCUAAUCCUGUCCCAUGAGAAUCUGAGCUCGCCAUCCAGCAUGCCUUUGUAAGUGGAAGUGCUGCUACCUCACCAUGGAGUCAUCCUUCUCAUUUGGAGUGAUCCUUGCUGUCCUAACCAUCCUCAUCAUUGCUGUUAAUGCACUGGUAGUUGUGGCUAUGCUGCUAUCAAUCUACAAGAAUGAUGGUGUUGGCCUUUGCUUCACCUUGAAUCUGGCCGUGGCUGAUACCUUGAUUGGCGUGGCUAUUUCUGGUCUAGUUACAGACCAGCUCUCCAGCUCUGCUCAGCAUACACAGAAGACCUUGUGUAGCCUUCGGAUGGCAUUUGUCACUUCUUCUGCAGCUGCCUCUGUCCUCACCGUCAUGCUGAUUGCCUUUGACAGAUACCUUGCCAUUAAGCAGCCCCUCCGUUACUUCCAGAUCAUGAAUGGGCUUGUGGCUGGAGCAUGCAUUGCAGGACUGUGGUUGGUAUCUUACCUUAUCGGCUUCCUCCCACUCGGAGUCUCCAUAUUCCAGCAGACCACCUACCAUGGACCCUGCAGCUUCUUUGCUGUGUUUCACCCAAGGUUUGUGCUGACCCUCUCCUGUGCUGGCUUCUUCCCAGCUGUGCUCCUCUUUGUCUUCUUCUACUGUGACAUGCUCAAGAUUGCCUCUGUGCACAGCCAGCAGAUCCGGAAGAUGGAACAUGCAGGAGCCAUGGCCGGAGCUUAUCGGCCCCCACGGUCUGUCAAUGACUUCAAGGCUGUUCGUACUAUAGCUGUUCUUAUUGGGAGCUUCACUCUGUCCUGGUCUCCCUUUCUCAUAACUAGCAUUGUGCAGGUGGCCUGCCACAAAUGCUGCCUUUACCAAGUGCUGGAAAAGUACCUGUGGCUCCUUGGAGUUGGCAACUCCCUACUCAACCCACUCAUCUAUGCCUAUUGGCAGAGGGAGGUUCGGCAGCAGCUCUACCACAUGGCCCUGGGAGUGAAAAAGUUCUUCACUUCAAUCCUCCUCCUUCUCCCAGCCAGGAAUCGUGGUCCAGAGAGGACCAGAGAAAGCGCCUAUCACAUCGUCACUAUCAGCCAUCCGGAGCUCGAUGGCUAAGACGCUGCAGGACUUCUCUCAAGAACAUGCAAUCACAUAUCCUUCUGUAUGAUGUGUUUUGAGUGUUUUACAACUGGUAAAGGCAGGUUGUCCUGACCUGCCGACACUCUUACAUGACCUUUCAGUUCAUCUCUAGAAGUCGGCCAGCCAGAGCUGGCCUUGGGAUAGCUUCUCCCUAGAUGAAGUAUUAACUGACUCAAAGGAGAAUUGAUGUCAUGAGCUUGAUUUCAUUUGCAGCAAGUUUGGUAACUGGCCAAUCUGAAGACUACUGAAAUGAGCAAGCAUGAGAGAUACUCUGAAAACAUCAGAAGGAAUAAGAUGUCAACACCUGGGCAAGAUCAACAGCAAUGUACUCCAGGACAGACUACAAUUCCUGGAGAUAACAUCUGUCACUCAACACUGAGUGAUAACUUCAGUACCUUCCUGGCUAUUUCUUCAAAGGCUACAGAGCAGUCUGGAAUCACCUCUUCCAUGAAUUCUCAUUUGCUAUUUCUUCAAUCUUACCAACUCAGAGGUGGUACCUACAAAUGUUAACUCUCAUUAAUCGUAUAUCUCUCCACCCGUCUAUCCCCAAAACAUUUAAGAGGGAGGUGCUAUAAGAUUGCAUCUUUGCUGGGACUUCUUUUAGAGGUACACACUGAUUUGUGGAAGAUAUUUAUUAACCCUUUCUUAUUAAAACUUUUACUCAUUUUAGAAAUCUUUGAACAUAGUUCAGGUACUUAUAAUUAUACCCUCCAGAGAUGACCACUUUUAUUCUCCAUUGUUUUUUAUACUUUAUAUUAUAUUAUACAUAUUUUCCUAUGUCAUUGUGUCUUCUUCAAGAGCAUAACAGCUGUAUGUAUAUGUGUUUUCAACAAAUGAAUAUGUAGUGUUUUAAUUACUUCCUACAGUUGUGUUUGAAUCUAGUAUUUGUCAUUAUCAUAUCAGUAUAAGUAACCUGUGCAUAAAUCUCUAAUGUGCCUCUGUUCAAUUACUGAAUUUUAUACAGUCUUCAAAGCAGCAUUAAUAAAUCAACAAGUAUUAUGUCUUGAUAAGAAUUUA